AUCUGAAGAUUGAAAAGCUUCCUUAUUUCUCUGAGCCUCAGUUUCCUUCUUUGGAAAAGGGAGAUAAGAAGGGUGAUGAUAAUAAUAAUGAUGAUACUACCAUUGGCACUUUACAUAUAAUUUAUGCCUUCCCUACCUAACUUACAAGAGCCCCAAAUAAGAAGAAAAGUACAUUACAAAACACAUAUACACUACCAGUUGUGUGGUAUUCAUUGUUUAAAAAUGCAAAGUUUUUUUUUCUCAUUACUUAUAACAUUUUCAAACGAUUCCCAAAUAUUCCAUCAGUUUACUCUGUGUUGACCUUCAUGAUUAUCACUACUUGGCUUCUUUAGAAGAUUUUAGUGCUUAAGUUCCAUUUUGAAUAGUUUGUCCAACUGUGCCAACCUGGAUGCACAGAAAGUUCUCUAACUCCAUCAUAUGCUAUGUAAUUCUUUCCCACAUCCUAUCACAGAUACUCCAUGGAUCUGCCAGAUGUGUUUGAGGCCAUCCUCUGUCUUACAUGUAGUAGGCUGUAAUAAAUAUUUUUGAGUAAUCAAGAUUUAUCUGGGCAGUCCAGAACACCCCCAAAAGGCCAGUUAGAUCUACUAUUCAAUCAGUCAGUACUCACUAAACCAUUUAUUAAAUGCCCACUGUAUGCAAGUCAGUGUGCUAGGGAUACAAAUACUAUAAAUGAAACAGUUCCUGCUGGAAAGGAUAUUGUAUUCUAAUAGAAGACAACAAGGACAUAUAUAAGUAUUUAUGGAAUAAAUAUAAAGAGAAUAAAAACAAGGCAGUUUGGGAGAAAGGCACAGAUAAUCAGAGGGUAUCAAGAAAGGCUUCAAGUAGAAAGUGGUACUUGAGCUAAAUCUUGAAAGAACAGAAAAAUUCUGUGAGAUGGAGGUAAGGAGAGAAUGCUUUCUAGCCAUGGAUACCCCUAAUGCAAAGUCAUUGAGAUGAGAGAUUCAUUAUCACAUGAAAAUCAAAAAAGACCCAUUUGUCUGGGGGGAAAAAGAGGAUGGGAUAAAAGUAAUGGAUUAUGAGGCAGGAAAGGUAGAUUGGGGCAAAACUCUGAUUGAUUUUAAAAGCUAAACAGAGGAGUUUACAGUUGAUUCUUGGAAGCCACCAGAGUUUAUUGAGUAGGGGAAUAUUCUGGGCUAGGCCUGAUUUCUAGGCUGAGUGUGACUGAGGACAGCCCCAUGGUAGUCAGUGUUCACUAUUAGGAUGAAAUGAGACACUUUAUCAGGCCCUAACAAAGGCAGACUACUUAGCUUUAGCAGAAGAAAAGAUAUUCAGCAAGAAUAUGUAUUGAGGACCCUUUAAGUUGAUUCAACUGAACAAAAUUCACCUACCUCUUAGUUGCCCUAUGAUUAUCCAUCAGCCAAACAUGAGACAGCACCUGGAGUUCCUUGUGGCUGAUUUUUAUUCAGGAAGCUAUAUCAGUGGAAUGUGACUUUAGUCCCCUGAGCCAAUCAAGUCUUGAGGAUGGUUUCAAUACUUUUUAAAGAAAAACUAGCCCAACAUGCACAGAGGGACUGGAUGAUGGGUAAAGGGAAAUUGUUAAGAUGUUGCUCCUACCAUAGAAGAUAGUCUUUGUUAAAGGAAGUUAAAGUCCUGUUAAAGGAAAAUCAGUUUAACAAUAUUUUGGAGGAUGGGCUGGAGAAGGGAAGGCCUUGAUGAAGAGAAAUCAGCUUCAGGAAGCCUUUGCAAUCAUGUAGGUGAGAGAUAAUGAGGGCAUGAACUAAAGUGGUAGCUGUUUGAGUAGGAAAAAGGAGUCAGAUAUAAAAGAUGCUUCAUAGGUAGAAACAGCAGGGGGUGGCAGCUUAUUGGAUGUGUAUGGGAGAGGGAGAAAUUCAAGAAAAUGCUAGAAUUAUGAACCUGACAGGCUGGAAGAACAGUGAUAUCUUCAAUAGAAAUAGAGAAAUCGGGAAGAGGAAUAUGGAUUAGGAAAUAGAGAUAAUGACCUAUGUUUGGGAUAUGUUGACUUAGACAUGUCUCCAGGACAUCCACUUUGAAAUGAUUCAUAGGCGAUUGCUAAUGUGGAAUUGAAGUUUAGGGAAAAGACUGUGACUGGAUGUGUAGAUCUAUGAAACAGCCGCAUGGAGUUGAUAAUUAAGCCCAUGAGAGCUGCUCAGGUCACCAAGACAGUGUUUAUAGAGAGGUUUUAAGACAGAGCUUUGAGAGAUGCUCACAUUUAGCAGACAUGAUAUGGAUAAGAACCAACAAGGGAAACUGAGAAAUGGAUAGGAGAAGAACAAAGAGAGUAUUGUCACCAAAGCCCAGAAGGAGAAAAAGGAUUCAAGAGAGAAAAGGGUGGCCAUCAGUAUCAAAUGCAACAGAUAGGUCAAGAAAAAUGAAGACAUAAAGACAUCGGAUUUAGCAACUAAGAGAUCACUGGUAACUUUGGAGUGGGCAGUUUCAGUUGAGGUGAGGAUCCAAAUUGCUGAGGGUUUAGAAUUAAAUGAAAGAAGUGAAGACAGUGACAAACAGCUUUUUCCUGAGUUUUGUCUGAGGAAGGAGAUAGAUAGAUGAUAGUUUGAUGUAGAAUAGGGUCAAAUAUUAAAGGGUGAGAAGAGAUUGAAGUUGUAAUCUACUGGAGGAAAUGGGAGGGAUGGGGGUCAAGUGUACCUGGAGAAGUGAAAGUCCAUCUCCUUACCAAAGACUUGGGGCUGGAGGGUGAGGCAGAGGAAUGACAAGACUCUGAGGUAAAGUAAAAGGGAAGAUCAUGUCAAGAGCUUCAGCUUUCUUAAAGUAACUGGAGAUGCUUAGCUGAAAGAGAAGGGAAUGUUUCUGCAAAUGUAGACAUUAGGAAGGAUUGAGAUGAGAAGGUUUAGGAAAAUGUAGGAUGAUUGUCUUUUCUUUUAAAAUUGGGAGGGAGAUUUUUUAAAAGAGUCCCCUUUCUCCCACACCCAAAAUAAGAAGAGAACAGAAGGAAGCCCAGAAGGAAUCACAGACAGCAGGAUAACUUUGAAAGUUACAUGUCAGAUUUACUAUAUACUUAAAAGGCAAGCCCAAUCUAAUAGAGAUCUCAGAGUUUCAUAUGGAAUCCUCUCAUCUACAGUAUAUGUGGAAAUGCUCAUUUUAUUCAGUAUUUAAGUUCUGAAUUAAAAAAAAGUGCAGAAGCUAACAAAUCAAUUAGGGAAGAAUAAAGGAUUAAGUUAUCAAAUUGAAGGCUCAGUUGAAGUUGAAUAACAUGAAUUCAUAAUUUUUCCAGUCAACAAAGUUGCACGAUUUCCUCUAACUCUUUUCAGUAGCAUAUGUACAGGAUCAGAAGAGGCAGAUAUGAAUAAUCUUGGGCUGAAAUUCAUCAGGGUAACAAGAGGCAGUAAGUCAGGAAGGAGGGCAAGAGAUUAAAGGUUAGAGGACAGUGUAGGUUUGAAUUGGUCAACUAUAUGUCAAGACUGGAGAAGGAAAUAAAGUCAUAGUAGAAUUAAUGACCUGAGAAAAUACCGAUUGGAGGUUUCUGGGUGGGCAAAGAAUAACUUUAGGAAAGGUAAGACAUAGGGAGAGGACAGCCAGAAAAAUGUCCAGAUUUUUCAUUAAGAAAAUGGAAUCCAGCUGUGAGCUCUUCCACCCAGCGUGCACUUGCCUCCAGGUGCGGCACCACCUCCUCUCUCUUAAAGGUUUAAACUUGCCACUUCAAAGUUCGCCAUGGAUGAUGAUAUUGCUGCGCUCACUGUUGACAAUGGAUCCGGUACGUGCAAAGCUGGCUUUGCAGGAGAUGAUGCCCCUCGGGCUGCCUUCCCUUCCAUUGUGGGGCACCCCAGACAUCAGGGUGUGGUGGUGGGUAUGGGCCAGAAAGACAGCUAUGUGGGGAAUGAGGCCCAGAGCAAGAGAGGUAUUCUGACCCUGAAGUACCCCAUUGAACACGGUAUUGUCACCAACUGGGAUGACAUGAAGAUCUGGCAUCAUACUUUCUACAACGAGCUCCGUGUGGCCCCUGAAGAGCACCCUGUACUGCUCACAGAAGCCCCCCUGAACCCUAAAGCCAAGAUCAUGUUUGAGACCUUCAACACCCCAGCUAUGUACGUUGCCAUCCAGGCUGUGCUGUCCCUAUAUGCCUCUGGUCGUACCACUGGUAUCGUGAUGGACUCUGGUGAUGGUGUGACCCACACUGUGCCCAUCUAUGAAGGUUAUGCCCUUCCCCAUGCCAUUCUCCAUCUGGAUCUGGCUGGCCGUGAUCUGACGGAUUACCUCAUGAAGAUCCUGACCGAGAGAGGGUACAAUUUCACCACCACAGCUGAGAGGGAAAUUGUGCAUGACAUCAAGGAGAAGCUGUGUUACGUGGCCCUUGACUUUGAGCAGGAGAUGGCCACCGAUGCAUCCAGCUCUUCUCUGGAGAAGAGCUACGAACUCCCUGAUGGUCAGGUUAUCACCAUUGGCAAUGAGAGGUUCCAGUGCCCAGAGGCUCUCUUCCAGCCAUCUUUCUUAGGCAUGGAGUCCUGUGGAAUCCAUGAAACUACCUUCAACUCAAUCAUGAAGUGUGAUGUUGACAUCUGUAAGGAUUUGUAUGCUAAUACUGUAUUGUCUGGUGGUACCACCAUGUACCCAGGCAUUGCUGACAGGAUGCAGAAGGAGAUUACAGCCCUAGCCCCCAGCACAAUGAAAAUCAAGAUCAUUGCCCCACCUGAGCACAAAUACUCUGUCUGGAUCGGAGGCUCCAUCCUGGCCUUCCUCUCCACCUUCCAACAGAUGUGGAUCAGUAAGCAGGAGUAUGAUGAGUCUGGGCCUUCCAUUGUCCAUCGCAAAUGCUUCUAAAUGGACUAUUGGUGUUUUUUUCUUGGUUUUUUGUUUUUUUUUUCUUUUUUUUUUUUGUCAAAGGGUGUGACAUGAUAAUUGCCCAAAAAAGAUAUGAGAUUGGCAUGGCUUUAUUUGUUGUGUUUGUUUGUUUGUUUUUUGGCGCUUGACUCAGGACUUAAAAACCUGAACGGUGAAGAUGAUGAGCAGUCUAAAGUAAUGUUGGAGGCAAACAUCCCCAAAGUUCUACAGUGCGUCUUCAGGACUCUGAUUGUACAUUUUUUUUAACAAGUCAUUCCAAAUAUUGUAUAAUGCAUUGUUACAGAGAGUUACUUGCCUCUAUGAAGGCUGUCUUGCUCUAUUCCCACAGGAGCAGAGCUACUUAACAUAAAUCCAGAUCAGGGGGAGGGGAUGGGGGGGGGGAGGGUGGCAGUAAUAUUGCUUUAUAUGUAAAUUAUGUAAUCCUUUAAAAAAAACUUUUUGUAUCUUCCGCCUUAAUACUUGUUCCUUUUUUUUUUAAUUGUCAGCCAUAAGGAAUGGCUCCCUAAAUUCUCUCCCUGCCCCCAUCAUAGAUGUGAAUGAAGACUUUAACAGUCUCCCUGGGAGUUAAUGAGAUUGGUGCCAGUACUUAGGGGAGGGGAGGAGCUUUACCUGUACACUGACUUAAGACCAGUUCAAAUAAAAGUGUACACGUUAAAGAAAAAAAAAGAAAAUGGAAUCCUCAAUGGAAUAGACUUGGGGUAAAUGAUAGUAGCAGCUUUGGGGAUGAGAACCCACUAUUUGACAAAAACUGCUAAGACAAUUGGAAAACAGUUUGGGAGAAAUUAGACUUAGAUCAACAUCUUACACCCUAUACCAAGAUUAACUCAGAGUGGGUAAAUGACUUAAAUAUAAAGAGGGAAAUCAUUAACAAAUUAGAUUAACAUAGUAUAUCUGUCAGAUCUAUGGGAAAGGAAUUUAAGACCAAGCAGGAGAUAGAGAACACUACAAAAUGUAAAAUGAAUAAUUUUGAUUACAUUAAAUUAAAAAGUUUCUGCACAAACAAAACCAAUGUAACCAGAAUUAGAAGGAAAGCAAAAAAUUGGGGGGGGGGGUAAUAACAAAAACCUGAAAAAGGUCUCAUUUCUCAAAUUUAUAAGGAACUAAGUCAAUUGUACAAAAAAUCAAACCAUUCCCCAAUUAACAAAUGGGAUAUGAAUAGGCAGUUUUCAGUAAAGAAAUCAAAACUAUCAAUAAGCACAUGAAAAAGUUUCUAAAUCUCUCAUAAUUAGAGAAAUGCAAGUCAAAACAAUGCUGAGGUACUACCUCAUGCCUAGCAGAUUGGCCAAUAUGAUAGUAAAGGAAAAUAAUAAAUGUUGGAGGGGAUAUGGCAAAAUCGGGACACUAAUGCAUUGCUUGUGGAGUUGUGCCAUUCUGGAAGGCAAUUUGGAAUUAUACACAAAGGACUUUAAAAGAAUGCAUACCCUUUGAUCCAGCAAUACCAAUACUGGAUUUGUACCCCAAAGAGAUAAUAAUUGUACAAAAAUAUUCAUAGCUGUGUUCUUUGGGGCAAAAAAAAAUGGAAAAUGGGGGGAAGUGUCCCAAGAUUGGGGAAUGGUUGAACAUAUUGUGGUAUAUGAUGGUGAUAGAAUACUAUUGUGCUAUACGGAUUGAUGAUCUGGAGGCUUUCCAUAUGACCUGGGAGAACCUCAGUGAACUGAUGCAAAGUGAACCGAGCAGAACCAGUAGAACAUUAUACACAGAAAAUAAAACAUUGCGGAAAAAUCCAAUGUAAUAGACCUUGCUACUAGUAGCAAUGCAACAAGCCAGGACACUCCUGAAGGACUUGUGUAAAAGAAUGCUAUCCACAUUGAGAGAAAGAACUGUGGGAGUAGAAAUGCAAAAGAAAAACAUAUGACAUCACUUAUCACAUGUAUAUAUGGGUAUGUGAUUUGGGGACUAGGCUUAAAAAACCACUCUAUAGCAAAAAUGAAUAAUAUGGAAAUAAGUAUCAAGUGACAACAUUUGUACAACCCAGUGGAAUUGCUUAUUGGCUCUGGAAGUGGAAGGGAAGAGAAGAGGGAGAGAAAAUGAAUCAUAAACAUAGAAAUAUUAAAAAAAAAAAACUUUUAAAAAGUGAAAAUAGGGGGCAACUGGGUAGCUCAGUGGAUUGAGAGCCAGGCCUAGAGAUGGGAGGUCCUGGGUUCAAAUCUAGCCUCAGACACUUCCCAACUGUAUG